AUGCCCGACACCACAAAGGUCGUGCCCCUCACGUGCCACGGGCACUCGCGACCGGUGCCCCACAUCCACUUCUCUGCGCUGCAGGAUGAGGAGCAGUACUACAUCAUCUCGGCCUGCAAGGAUGGAAACCCCAUGCUUCGCGAUGGCCUGACGGGCGACUGGAUCGGCACCUUCCUCGGCCACAAGGGCGCCGUGUGGCAGGCGCGCCUGUCCUCAGAUGCCUCGCUGGCUGCGACCGCCUCGGCGGAUUUCUCUGCCAAGGUGUGGGACACACACACUGGUGAAGCCCUCCACACCCUCACCCACGACCACAUUGUCCGCGCCGUUGCUUUCCCGAACCAGCAGCAACCCCAGAUUCUGGCAACUGGCGGCAAGGAGAAGAAGAUGCGCAUCUUCGACCUGAACAACCCGUCGCAGCCCUACGAGAUCGGUGGCGGCGUUCACGGCGACACCAUCAAGUCCAUUGUGUGGACAGCAGACCCCAGCAUCCUGGUCACCGCGUCUGAGGACAAGAAGAUACGGUGGUGGGACCUGCGGACGCAGUCGACCAUCGGCGAGUAUGCCGUGGAAGGCCCUGUAGGCACGUGCGAGCUGGAUAACACUACCUCGGACGGCGUGCUGAGCGUAGCCGCUGGAAACAGCGUCUACUUCUUCAACGGCAACUCGCCUGCGUCGCUCAUCAAGAGCAUCAAGACGCCCUACGAGCUGGCCAGCGUUGCAUUGCAUAGUGGCCAGCGCAGAUUUGUUACUGGCGGGAGCAACCAGAACGAUACCUGGGUCAGAGUCUGGGACUUCGAUGCCGAGACGGAGCUGGAGACGAACAAAGGUCACCACGGUCCCAUCUGGUCGGCGAGCUUUUCGCCUGAUGGCAAGCUGUACGCAACGGGCAGUGAGGAUGGUACCGUGAAGCUCUGGAAGUUCACCAAUGGUCCUUAUGGCCUCUGGAAGUAG